CACUCCUGCACGCGCGCCCUCCGCUCCUUCCCACUCGCACCGCCGCCGUAUCGCCCCGCGCCGCGUCGCCGUCGUCGUUCGCCGGCUAUCCAACUCUCUCCUUCGCCCACGCUGCCGCCUCUCCACCUCUAGACCCCCUCCUUCGAGGCCUGCUCGCGUGGCUCCCCCGCCCACCGACGCACGGCCACCGUCAGUGUUCGCGUCGGCCUCGUCACGGCCAGCCAUUUCGUCUGCUCCGUGCCCUUGUGGCUAUCCGCCAACUUGCAGUAUUGCGGCGGAAAACCCUCCGGAAUUUCAUCGUAUUCGUUUAUUCCUUAAUGAGUGCGAAGCAGUGUUUUUAAGAGCAUUGUCAUGGCGUCUCCUGCUUCUGUUACCAACCUGGGGAGCAACGGAAGGCCUGGCCCACUGCCGGCAGCGGCAGUGAGGAGAGGGCACUUGGUUUCAAGGAUCAGUUUCACGGGUUUUGACGGUGUCCGGAGGUGGCCAUGUGCACCUGGAAGACUAUGUAGAUGUAUGGUCAUAACUAACUUGAUCGAUGAAAAGGGAGCUCAGUUCUCAUCAAGAGGAAGCGUGAACGUUAAAGCUGAUGAUGACAGCGAUCUUCUUUCGAAGCCCCCGCAGAGGCCAGUCCGGCUGAAUGGGCCACCAACAAGCAUGGAUAUAGCAACAACAUCAGCACCUGCCAGGAAGCCAGCAGGCGUAACAUUGCAAGACCGAGAGAAGGUCCGGGAGUCAUUGGAUGAGGUGUUGCAGAAGGCAGAGAAACUUGAGGCCUCGAGCUCCAGAAAUGUGGAUGGUGAGAACCGUGCAUUGAGACGGAAUGAUGUGGCAAAGCCUAAUAGUUCAGUGCCAGUCGUGGUGGAGGAGGGCUCGAAUUCCAAAAGGACAAAAACACUAAAGAGUGUAUGGAGAAAGGGGAACCCUGUGCCCACUGUACAUAAGGUGAUUAGAGAUCGUCCACACACUGAAACUAGGGAUCAGUCCAUAUCUGCUGCUGAACCUUCAGUGUCAUCUCCAUCAAAACUAGCACCUCACCUACAAACAAGACCUUCUGUAGCACCACCACCUCGUCGGCCUGUCAAAGCUGACACAUCAAAGGAGAAAAAAGGACCCAUCCUGAUCGACAAAUUUGCUUCCAAGAGACCAAUGGUUGAUCCAGCUGUAGCUGAGGCACUGGUAGACCCUGUCAAGCUAGUACGCGGUCCACCAGCAAAAGCGAAGGAUAACCGUCAUAAAAAAAUUAUUACACCAGCUAGUCCCCGCCGACGUAUGCCAAAUGAUGAUCGAUCAGUUGAUGACGAUGCUCCAGUGCGCAAAGGAAGGAGAUGGAGCAAGGCAAAACGUAGGGCUGCCAGGCUAGAGGCUUUAGAAGCUGAAGAGCCUGUUAGGGUUGAGAUCCUUGAAGUUGGUGAAGAAGGUAUGGAUAUUGACGAAUUAGCAUAUCAACUGGCAGUUGGCGAAUCAGAAAUUCUGCGUUUUUUAUCAGUGAGAGGAGCAAUGCUUGACAAUGUUCAGACUCUUGAUAAAGAUUUGGUUAAGAUGGUUUGCAUGGAAUAUGAAGUUGAAGUACUGGAAAGUGGUCCAGUGAGAGUGGAAGAAAUGGCAAAGAAGAAUGAGUUCCUUGAUGAUGAGGAUUUGGAUAAACUGGAAAUAAGGCCUCCCAUUGUAACUAUCAUGGGUCAUGUCGAUCAUGGGAAGACUACUCUUUUGGAUUAUAUACGCAAGAGCAAGGUGGUGGCAUCUGAAGCUGGUGGAAUAACGCAAGGAAUUGGAGCAUAUCAGGUUCUUGUGCCAGUUGAUGGAAACCCUCAGGCUUGUGUUUUUCUUGAUACUCCAGGGCAUGAGGCGUUUGGUGCAAUGAGAGCUCGAGGAGCAAAGGUAACUGAUAUCUGUAUCAUUGUUGUCUCUGCGGAUGAUGGCGUUCAGCCACAAACAAAUGAGGCAAUUGCGCAUGCAAAGGCAGCCAGAGUCCCUAUUGUAAUAGCUAUAAAUAAGGUAGACAAGGAGGGUGCUAAUCCAGAACGAGUCAUGCAAGAACUUUCCCAGAUUGGACUUAUGCCAGAGAUGUGGGGUGGUGACACCCCGAUGGUUCAGAUAAGUGCUCUUAAGGGAGAGAAUGUUGAUGAGCUAUUAGAGACCGUCAUGCUUGUUGCUGAGUUGCUAGAAUUAAAAGCGAACCCUCAUAGAAAUGCAAAGGGUACGGUUAUUGAAGCAUGUCUUGACAAGGCCAGAGGACCUCUUGCCACCCUAGUUGUACAGAAUGGAACCUUGAAUAAGGGCGAUAUUCUUGUUUGCGGUGAAGCUUUUGGAAAGAUCCGUGCAAUGUAUGAUGACCGUGGAAGUCUCGUAGACCAAGCAACGCCAUCCAACGCCGUGCAGAUUAUUGGCUUGAACAAUGUACCCCUUGCUGGUGACGAAUUUGAGUCUGUCGAUGACCUUGAUGUUGCACGCGAAAGGGCAAACGCACGUGCCGAUGCAAUGAGAAUUGAAAGGAUACAUGCGAAAGCAGGGGAAGGAAAAGUCACUCUCUCAUCCAUUGCAGCCUCCGUUUCAUCUGGGAAUCAAGCAGGGAUUGAUACGCAUGGGUUAAAUGUCAUACUUAAAGUUGAUUUUCAGGGUUCAAUUGAGGCCAUUAGGCAAGCCAUUCAAGCACUGCCUCAAGAAAAUGUCUCCUUGAGAUUCCUACUUCAAGCUCCAGGAGACGUGAGCCUCAGUGAUGUUGAUCUGGCUGUUGCUUCGGAAGGAAUUGUAUUUGGUUUUAAUGUCAAAGCUCCGGGAUCAGUUAAGAAAUAUGCUAAGCAGAAAAGUGUGGAGAUUCGAUUGUACAAAGUGAUAUAUGAUUUGAUAGAUGAUUUACGCAAUGCCAUGGAAGGGCUUCUUGACCUUGCUGAGGAGGAGGUACCACUCGGUUCAGCCAAAGUUCGAGCUGUUUUCAGUAGUGGCAGUGGAAAGGCAGCAGGUUGCAUGGUUACUACAGGGAAAGUUGUGGAAGACUGCAAUGUUCGGGUUCUUCGUAAAGGAAAAGAAGUUUAUGUGGGUACACUUGAUUCCUUGAGACGUGUGAAAGAAACUGUGAAGGAGGUUGGUGCGGGGCUAGAAUGUGGUAUUGGGGUAGAUGACUUCGAUGAUUGGGAGGAAGGUGACGUCCUUGAGGCAUUCAACACAGUGAAGAAGGCGAGAACGCUGGAGGAAGCCUCUGCCACUGUGACUGCUGCUCUCAAGGGUGCAGGCGUCCAGGUGUAGAAGUUGCAAAGCUGAUAAGCGAGUAACAACUGCAGCAGCCAUUUUUCUUUCAGCGUCGAAGCUGGAGUGCGUUGGCCACAUUCCCUAAGAAUGACACUCAGGUACUUGAAAGACAGAACUUAUAUAUGCCGCAUUACGUGCCUGCGUCGCUGCCGGGAGACUGUCUGUGCGGGACCGUAUUGUAUCCCGCCUCUCAAAGCUGCAUGUUCUACUGUAUGUUGAUGUACAUAGAGAAGAUUACAUCUGCUGUUUUUAGUUUGCCUCUAACAGGUAGAUAAAGGGGUGCGUGUGUUUCUAGUCUCCUUUUGACUUCUUGAGACAAGCUGUAACCUGCAACGUUGAGGCCGCAUCAUUUUCCAAUCAUCAUUCGUCAUCCUCUUCGUGAAA